AUGGAAUCACCUGAAACCAACACUCCAAACACUGAUAUACCCGCCCCACCUCCCAUCACCACACUCAACAAUGUCAAGCGAGAAUCGAUGAACCAAUAUGUGAAGAACUUUGCAACUCAGCAUGGUUAUAUAAUUUCAAUUCGUAACUCGUCUAUCGCAAGGACCUCAAUCAAAUAUGUAUGUCAUUGUAGUGGGUUACCCAGAGCUACAAAGCAACCACCUAAAGAAUCAACAUCAAAGUCCUUGAAAAUCAACUGCCCAUUUCAACUCAAGGCUAAAUAUAACCCCGAAAAUCAGUCUUGGACGCUUUCCCAUUUGAAUACGACUCACAACCAUCCACCCAAUCUCAAUAUUCAACCCUCUAUCGAGCCACACGUUAUCCAACCAUCGAUCGAGCUAAUCUCAACAAUCUCCGAUAACCCAGAUCUCAAAGAAACUCAACUUGACUCGACCCAGACACAAACGGCUCAUAUUACCACCCAUUCAUUCAUUCACACCUUUUCUCAACGGAUACUCGCACUGUCUGUUGAACAACAGCAACUCUUAUUCGUUCAGAUUGACAACCUUCUCUCAACAACUGAAAAACUGGGUGCUAUCAUUGGAACUCAAACUCAGGCAAACACUGACUCCAAUUCAGUAGGUAUGGGAGGCUUACUCAACACAGUAACUCAAAUCGAUAAAACAUCAAAUGACAUGCUCCCUGCUGAAAUUUCAAAUACCCCCUCGCUAUCACCCUCGCAUCAAGCCACCACCUGUGUUCUCACGGCUUGUGAUAUUAAUUCACCUUUGAUGCCUACAAAUCAAACUCCUACCUAUGGAUUUAAUCCCGCCGAUCUAAAGUGUUCACCACCAUGCAAAAACACUGCAACUGAACCGAAUGUGGUUAGCCCGAAUGCAAUCCCACAUCCUCUCACUCGCAAGCGAGCCCGCAAGGCAGAGACAGAGGCACAACAAGACAAACAAACAAAGAUGCCCUCGAGACUUACUCGCAGUCGGUCGAAAAAGUCGUAA